AUGGUGGUGCAAGUGAAGAGGCAUCAUGUGAUUUGUUCAAAGGGAGAUGGGUUUUGGACGAAAACUACCCACUCUACAAUCCAUCGUCCUGCCCCUUCAUCGAGCGAGAGUUCAGCUGCCAAAAGAAUGGCCGCCCUGACCAUUUUUUACACCCAAUACAGAUGGCAACCACAUGACUGUGACUUAGCAAGGUUUGACGGGGUUGACUUUUUAGAAAGAUUUAGAGAGAAGAGCAUCAUGUUCGUUGGAGAUUCAUUAAGCCGAAAUCAAUGGCAGUCCUUGACAUGUAUGCUUCACUCAGCCGUCCCAAAUGCUAACUACAAUGUCACGAGAGUAGACGAUGUAUCUGUCUUCACUUUUACGGAUUACGGACUGAAAGUGAUGCUAGACCGCAAUGUGUAUCUAGUAGAUGUUGUAAGAGAAAAGAUUGGUAGGGUUUUGAAGCUUGAUUCAAUUGUGGGAGGCAAGUUAUGGAAGGAGAUUGACAUGCUCAUCUUCAACACAUGGCAUUGGUGGAAUCGCAGAGGACCCUCUCAGCCAUGGGAUUAUGUUGAAGUAGGAGGCCGGGUCAGCAAAGACAUUGACCGGAUGGUUGCUUUUGAGAAGGCACUCAUGACUUGGGCUGGAUGGGUGGAUUCAAACAUUGAUCCUGCAAAAACUAAAGUUUUCUUCCAAGGAAUUUCUCCCUCUCAUUACAAUGGGAGCCAAUGGGAUGAGCCAAAGGCAAGAAGUUGCGUAGGGCAGAAGGAGCCUUUGCUUGGGUCGACAUAUCCAGGAGGUUUGCCACCAGCUCUGAGUGUGCUGAAGAACGCCCUAAGCAAAAUCACAAAGCCUGUGACAUUGCUAGAUGUAACAAACCUGUCGCUUCUGCGCAAAGAUGGGCACCCUUCAAUCUAUGGGUUGGGAGGCACCACAGCAAUGGAUUGUAGUCAUUGGUGCCUUUGUGGAGUCCCAGAUACUUGGAACGAGAUUCUUUACAAUUUUAUUCUUUGA